AAGACACAGCUAAAAAAUUUAAUCAAGUCAUCCUAACAAGCAGCAAAGUAAAAUAAAUAUCACAACCCCAAAAUGGAGACUCUUCUGGGUAUUAAAGGACCAGAUUUUGUUAUGCUUGCGGCAGACACAACUCACGCCAAUUCUGUAAUCGUUAUGAAAGAAGAUGAGAACAAGAUUCAUAAAAUUGCGGAUAACUUGUUGAUUUCAACAGUAGGUGAAUCCGGCGACACGGAGCAGUUCACCGAGUUCAUCGCAAAGAACAUUGCACUGUACAAAAUGCGUAAUGGCUACGAUUUAAGUCCUCGUUCUGCAGCACAUUUUACACGCAAGAAUCUGGCCGAAAGUCUGCGUAGCCGCACAAGGUACCAAGUGUUUAUGUUUGUCGCAGGUUACGACCCAGUCGAAGGCCCUGAACUGACUUUCAUUGACUACCUGGCGUCGUCCCAAUCAUUGAAUUAUGCUGGCCACGGCUACGGUAGCAUGUUCUGCGCCAGCAUUUUCGAUCGCUAUUGGCAUCCAAACAUCACACAGGAGGAGGCCUACGAUGUGCUGAAGAAGUGUGUGCUGGAAAUUCAGAAGCGUCUGAUCGUCAACCUGAAGAACUUUAGUGUUGCAGUCGUGGAUAAAACUGGCGUACGCCAAUUGGAUCCGAUCAGCGCCAAGAGCUUGGCUGAUUACAAUGCCGCUAGUUAAGUAACCAUUGAUCUAAUCUGUAGCAUUUUAAAUGCAUCCAUUGCAAAGAAAUUAAAUAAACUAUUUGGAUUUUUGGUAUUAUAAA